AUGAACUCGAGAAUUGCAGCGUUGACUUUAGGCAAUCCUAAGCCGGCUGUAGAGAUCCCGACAGGCGUAGAAGAUGUCAACUACAUCAAUGGCAGAAACUAUGGGAACUUUCAACAUGGGCAACAAGGCGGAUAUAAUAGUGGACAACAGUUUCAUCUUGGAGGGUGUCCACACCCAAAUUUGGCUUAUGGGAAUCCCAACAAUGCAAUUCAACCUCCACCAGGCAUCUCGAUAACCAAUGGAGUUAUAAAUGAAGAGAAGAAGUCGAACAUGGAAGAGUUGAUGAUGAAGUUCUCCAAGGCCGAUGAAAGGAUGGAGAAAUUAGAGUCCACUACUGCUGCUUUGGGGACUCAAAUGAAGUCUACCUCUGAAGGCAGCUAUGGAUUUCAUGAGAUGGGGGAUAAGACAAAACUAAGCCAUGAAGAAAGCCUACGAUUUCCACCUCAUCUGCGUUCUCCUAGGUGGAUGCCGUUUCCCCAGUGUCACUAUAAGAUCGUCGAUGUGCCGAGUGGGACUACACAAGAAGAGGCCAAGACGGCAGAGUAUGAGAGUGCAUGGCCGAUUGAGGAAAAAGCUGAGGAACACCAUCAGAAAGAGAGGAUGAAAGAGCGGCUCUCUAAGUUUUUAGAGAUCUUUAAGAAGGUAAACAUCAACAUUCCGUUGAUGGAGAUGUUACUAGAGAUGUCGCAUUAUGCCAAAUUCCUCAAGGACAUAGUCUCACAAAAGAAGAAGUUGGGGGAGUUUGAGACCGUGAGGCUCAAUGAAGAAUGCAGCACGAUUCUGCAGAGGAAGCUGUCGGCGAAGGUCAAAAAUCUGGGCAGUUUCACACUUUCCUGCAUUAUUGGAGGCCAGCAUUUCGGGAGGUCACUUUGCGACCUGGGCGCAAGCAUCAAUCUCAUGCCUUUAUCUGUAUUUCAGCAGCUAACAGUUGGGGAGUUAAGCCUACUUCUAUGA